CCUAAAUGUUUAUCCUUCUUUCCUUUAGAUAAUUCGGUUUCUAACAAAAUUCCAAACCCAGUCAAUACACAAGAGUAUAAAAUUGGCCCAUGGCUUGUAAAGACUGCACAGAAUCACAUUCUUAAUUCGGUAGGGCGUGAUCGGGAGUUAUUUGAAUCAAGUCUUAAAUUGCCAUCUACUCCUGAGAUGAUAUGGGCUGAUAAUCGUGUGGUUAUUUCUCUUAAUGACGGCGAACAUAAGUCGACAUUUGAAUUUAAUGCGCUAGACGCCCUGAAGAAAGUUGACACUGAGAGAGUGUUUUUCAAGAUCCCAGCAGCUGAAGAAUGGAUGAAUUCAAAGAAUGGGGAGUUUUCUAGUGCCAAGCCGUAUGAUUGGACAUUUUCUACGACUUAUGACGGUACCCUAACUGGCAACUGGACUAGUGAGCCAACAGAUGAGGGACUCGAUCAAGUUUUCAUUCGUUCCCAUGAUCCAAUACUUCUCUACGGAAGCAUUGACCUUUUUGAGGAUGAGUUGGGUGACAAUGGCAUCGCUCUGUUGAAUGUGAAGAUUCGAGUUAUGUCCUCGGGUUUCUUCAUCCUUCAACGUUUCUUCCUUCGAAUUGAUGGAAGUCUGUUGAGAGUGUGGGAUACGCGAUUGCAGUGGAGACUUGGUGAUGAAUAUAUUCUCCGAGAGGUUAAAAGAAUGGACAGUGAGAAAUGGCUUCCUUCUAUGGUUGGUAUUGAUUCCAAUGAUGCGUCCUCCUACUGUACUUGCAUUGUGGAACAUCGAUUUGAGAAACUCUAUCCAGGAACUCAUCUGAAUAAGCCCCUCUAA